UAAAGUAGAUUUUUGUGUUGGGGUCUUUGGGGUAAAAUCAUUCAUUAAAAAUGACGAGUAUAGUAGGAAAAAAGAAAAAACUACUUCUAAAUUAUGUGGAAAUUGAUAUGGCAUGGAAGAACUUCGUGGAAAGCGAUUGGAAAGUGGUUAAAAAUUACGAUUACCGUUGGAGCUUCAUCAAAACCGAAUACAAAGCUCUGCAAGAAAAAUUGCACGAAUUAACCGCGAAUUCUCAAAUGCUGAAGCGCAUCCAAGGAGAACCUGAGAUAGAUAGGCGGGAAUUAGGAAGGUAUCCACUUUCAUCGAACCACCUAUACGGUUAUGUAGCGAAUAAUCCCCAGAUGCGUCUAGAAAAAUGGGGCCCCGAUGUCUAUAAACCCAUUCCCUUGCCAACAAUUUACAAACUGAUCAAAUAAUAACAACUUCCAAACGAACGAAUAUUUCGAAGUAGAAGUA